CAAGGCUUCCCUUCUGGCACUUGCAGACAACUCAAGAAAAACUGAAAGGUGAAGGGGGACUAAACAAUUUAAUUUAAGGAAGCAUUUUUUAUAUUUUAUUCAGUUUCGCAAUAUCCAGGAGGGAAGAUUUAGGAAAGCACAAGAAACAGAAUGCCUAGAGCAAUUUUUGAAGAAGAUGCAACCCAACUAAAAUUAGGACCAGAGUUUGAAAAUGAAGAUAUGCUCACAGUUUCGGAGGCCAAAAUCCUAAUUGAUACGGUGAUGGCACAAAGGACAAGAGAAGCGAAUGCAGAAAUUCCUAUGACUGAUGUCAUGAAAAAGACGCUUUCCUAUUUUAAUGUAUUCGGAAGAUUCAAAACCGCAGAAUCUACCUACGCUUGCGAAAGAAUAUUAGGAAAUCGAUUCCAUAAAUAUGAACGUGCUCAAUUAGGAACACUAUGCUGUGAAGAUGCAGAAGAAGCGCGGACACUGAUUCCAAGUUUGUCAAACAAAAUUGACGAUGAGAGUUUACAAGGCAUUUUGGAUGAACUGUCUACCUUACGAAAAUUCCAAGAAUAAAAGUAAUAAUUGCUAAAAGAGGCGAAAGAUUAACUCCAGUUCCCUCAGUGAUAAAAGACAGGCCUUGAACACGUUUGUUUUCAUAUGCUAUGAUCAAAUUAAUUGUUUGGAAACAUAAAAGGAUAUUGAAAGGUCUUUGUUUUUUCUUUUUUUUUUGCAUAAAUAUAGACAUGACUUACUUUUUAAGCAUCUCGUAUAAUGGAAAAUAGACAAUUGGUGCA